GUCAGAGGCUGCAGACAUACUACAGGAGAUGGUCAGAGACUGCAGACAUACUACAGGAGAUGGUCAGAGACUGCAGACAUAGUACAGGAGACAGUUAGAGACUGCGGACAGGAUACAGCAGAAAGUCAGAGACUGCACACAUAGUACAGGAGAUUGUGUGAGACUGCAGACAUAGUACACGAGAUGGUCAGAGACUGCGGACAUAGUACCGGAGAUGUCAGUGACUAUGGACAUAGUAUAGGAGAUAGUCAGAGACUGCGGACAGAACACAGGAGACGAUCAAAGACUGCAGACAGGAUACAGGAGACUGGAUAGGAUACGAUCA